UACGGCCCCGUGAAAGUUCUUGCGCUGCCAUUGGCUCUGGCAGGGGGUGUGUCCGGAACCUGUGCGCCGCGGAACCUUCUCCUCCCCGGCCCAGGUUGCGCGGGGCGCGUUUUUGUGGCGCGGUUUCCGGUCGGACCUUUUCCUGUGCACGCGGCGCUGUGUCCCGAGCGCGGACAGCGAUGGACCCGCGGGUCUGGCGUCGACAGACCCUGGAGCGGUGCCUGAAGGAGGUCGGUAAAGCCACCGGCCAGCCAGAGCGCUUUCUCACGAUUCAAGAUGAAUUGGCAUCAAACUUCACUUCAUUAACAAAAGUACUUUAUGAUUUUAAUAAAAUAUUAGAGAAUGGCAGGAUGCACGGAAGUCCGUUACAAAAACUGGUGAUAGACAAUUUUGAUGAUGAGCAGAUUUGGCAACAACUAGAAUUGCAAAAUGAACCAAUUUUACAGUACUUCCAGAAUGCAGUUAGCAAAACCAUUAAAGAUGAAGACAUCAGUCUUCUUCCAGAGAUUGAAGAGCGAGAGUGUGAAGAGGAUGGCUCAGAGGUGGAGUCUGAUGGCCAGGAGGCCCUCAAACAAGAUGUGGUGGAGGAGGAAGUGGCUGACCUGAGUGGUAAUAAUCCUAAAGGGGAUGAGAGAGCUAAAAACUUGAGCAAAGUUGAUCUGAGGAAAAGUCCAGUUUUCAGUGAUGAAGAUUCAGAUCUUGAUUUUGACAUUAGCAAAUUGGAGCAACAAAGCAAGGUGCCAGACAAAGUCCCUAGGAAACUAAGAGAGAAGUCGGUGGUAGAUGAUAAAUUUUUCAAGCUAUCUGAAAUGGAGACCUUUUUAGAAAACAUGGAAAAGGAAGAACAACAGAAAGAUGAUGAGGAAGAGGAAGAUAUUGAUUUUUUUGAAGACAUUAAUUCUGAUGAAGAUGAAGGAGAACUGUUUGGAAGUCAAAAACCUAAGUCAGGUAAAAGUUCCAGAAACCUCAAAUACAAAGACUUCUUUGAUCCAGUUGAAAGUGAUGAAGACCUAGCAAGUGUUCAUGAUGAACUGGGUUCAAAUGAAGAAGAGGAAGAAAUUGCUGAUGAAGAAGAGAGCAUUUCUGAAAUGGAUGAAGAUAAUGACCUUGAAGAAAGUGAAGACAGUAAACAACAUAAAGAAACCUCAAAAAGAGUGACCUUUGCUUUGCCAAAUGAUGAUGAAAGUGAGGAUACAAGUAUCUUAAAUGUACAGAAAGAUUCUGAUGAUGUUAAAUCCUCUUUUGAAAAAAGACAGGAAAAGAUGAAUGAAAAAAUUGCGUCUUUAGAAAAAGAGUUGUUGGAAAAAAAACCUUGGCAGCUUCAAGGGGAAGUGACAGCUCAAAAGCGACCAGAGAACAGCCUUCUAGAGGAGACUCUGCACUUUGAUCAUGCAGUCCGCAUGGCACCUGUGAUCACAGAAGAAACCACCCUUCAACUGGAAGAUAUUAUUAAGCAGAGGAUAAGAGAUCAGGCUUGGGAUGAUGUAGUACGUAAAGAAAAACCUAAAGAGGAUGCAUAUGAAUAUAAAAAACGUUUAACGUUAGACCAUGAGAAGAGCAAAUUGAGCCUUGCUGAAAUUUAUGAGCAGGAAUACAUCAAACUCAACCAGCAAAAAACAGCAGAAGAAGAAAAUCCAGAGCACAAAGAAAUUCAGAAGAUGAUGGAUUCUCUCUUCUUAAAAUUGGAUGCCCUCUCAAACUUUCACUUCAUCCCUAAACCACCUGUUCCAGAGAUUAAAGUUGUGUCAAAUCUGCCAGCCUUAACCAUGGAGGAGGUAGCCCCAGUGAGCGUAAGUGAUGCAGCUCUCCUGGCCCCAGAGGAAGUCAAGGAAAAAAAUAAAGCUGGAGAUGUAAAAACAGCUGCUGAGAAAACCGCCACAGACAAGAAACGAGAACGGAGGAAAAAGAAAUAUCAAAAGCAUAUGAAACUGAAGGAGAAGGAAAAGCGGAGAAAACUGCUUGAAAAGAACAACCCAGACCAAGCGGGAAAAUACACAAAGGCAGUAGCUUCAGAGAAGUUAAAACAGCUGACCAAAACAGGCAAAGCUUCGCUGCUAAAGGAUGAAGGUAAAGACAAAGCCUUAAAGUCAUCUCAAGCAUUCUUUUCUAAAUUACAAGAUCAAGUAAAAAUGCAAAUUACUGACGCAAAGAAAACAGAAAAGAAAAAGAAGAAAAGACAGGAUAUUUCUGUUCAUAAAUUAAAGCUGUAAUAUAUUUUGAAUAUAAUGUAAAUAUUAACGUGUAAGUUUAUAUUCUGUCAUUGUUCUCUUUUAUAAUAAAAUUUUUGAGAAUUUUUUUUGCAUAGACAGCAGAUAUUUGACAAUUUCUCAUUUUGAAAAGACAAACUCCAGACUGACAUUGGAAAGCCCUGAGUUGCUUCCUCUGGGUGUGAAGCUGGACUGAGCUCCCACGGCCCUUUCCACACGGAGUCCUCGCUGGGGUCUAGGUGAAGGCCAGUGAGCAGGAGCCAGGCUGCAGGCUGACCAGGGCACAGGAGCCAGCCAUCCCCGUCACAAGCAGCUGUCCACGGCAGAGGUCCUCACUCUUUGGGGUCCUGAUGUUCUUCCCCACUGCCCUGUCAUCCUUUCACAAAAUAGUGCAUGGGCCUUCCAUCUUUCUCCUUAUGGGGUAAUCUCCCAUCCAACUGAACGAAGCCUUCAUGUAGGCUGUAGAGUACCACACACAGAUUUAUAGAGAGCAGGUAUGAUCUAGAUAUGAUAGUAGUGGACACAGCAGGGAAGGUAGGCUGGCAGUGUGGUGAGUCUUCUGUGACUACCAGGUACUUGCCUUCCCAUCCAGGGAAAAUUGCCUUUUUGUCUGAUAGGACCUCAUAUUAUGCUUUGAUGGAAAUGCCGUGAGCUUACCUCAAGGGUAGAAAACGAGAGCAGCUUCUCCUGAAGCAACAGGGAAAGCCCUGGUUUUUCAUCUACAUGGAACAGUCAGUCAGGAAGAGCCCAUGGAUGUAUACUUUCUGCAUUUCUGCUUCCUAAUACAGAAACAGGCCACAUCAGGAUUAGAACCAGGUUGGCAAGGGCUAGAUGAAGCACCAGUUAAUACUGAAUUGUCAUCUGUUCGAAGUUUUAUUCAGGAGAGUUUUCUUCACUAUUGUAUCUUUGUCUUCUGUUUUUUUAAAAAAAGAUUUUAUUUAUUCAUGAGAGACACAGAGAGAGAGGCAGAGACAGAGGGAGAAGCAGGCUCCAUGCAGGGAGCCCAAUGUGGGACUUGAUCCUGGGACUGUGGGAUCACGUCCUGAGCCAAAGGCACUGAGCCCAACCACUGAGGAGCCCAACCACUGAGAUGCCCAACCACUGAGCCACCCAGGCAUCCCAGCAUUUGUCUUCUAAACAGUUUGAGGAACCCUGGAUCUCUUUCUAGCCUUAGUGGAAGUGUCAUUUUGUUUUAGUGGUGAUUUGUCUGUUAUAUGGCUCUAAAAGUUCUGCUUUCUUUAAUUCAGUUUGCCAGUCCCCAUUCAAUUGCUAUCUUAGUUCUAUUUCCCUUGAGUCUUUCAUAAUCAUUCAUCAGGAUUAGAAUGUUUGAUCCUGGAGUGAUGAUUCACUUUACCUGUCCAAGGGCAGUUUGAUGUUUGCAUAGUUUGAAUCCCUUUUAUCUUCAUUUCUCCCCUCACCUCUAGGUGAGGUGUGUCUAUACAUUCACUUUUUUUUUUUUUUUUUUUUUAAAGAUUUUAUUUUUUCAUGAGAGACAGAGGCAGAGACAUAGGUGGAGGGAGAAGCGGUCUCCCUGCAGGGAGCCUGAUGUGGGACUCAAUCCCAGGACCCUGGGAUCACACCCUGAAUCAAAGGCAGAUGCUCAACCACUGAGCCACCCAGGUGUCCUACCAUUUGUGAGUUUCUAACUGAAUUUCUUCUGUAUCUAUUAUUUGGCAUACUAUAAGGAAAGUAUUCCCUUCUCAUUUAUUUCACUAUUGACUGAUUUUUAAAUUAUUCAAUUUUUUUAAUCCUUUAUUAUGAAUUUUGAUUUUCCAGUUUUGGGCUGGUACAGUGGAAGGCCCUUCAAACUAAUUUCUGAGUUCUGUUAUGUUCCCACUAUUCUCUGAGCACGUCCUUAUUUUCUGGUGCUAAUAAAUGUUCCAGGCUUAUCCUGUCUUUUCCCUGGAAUUGGCCAUUUUCCCACAGAACCCUGGUUUCUCUUGGAGAAUGGUAUUUUGAAACAGAUAUGGGUGCUAAGUGUGCUCAUUGCCACUGUUGCCACUAGCCUCACUCACCAGAGCUAGAAAUGUGUGGUUGUGUGUGACUGUUAUAUGUAUACCAUACAUGAGUCAUACCAAAACUUCCUGUUCUAAUCUAAUAUCCCUGCAGAUUAUAUUCUAGUAUUUACUCUUCCCAUAUUUGUAAUGCAUUUUCUAACAGUGAGAAAUUUUGCUCCCAUUAUCUUUAUUCGUUUACUCAAGCCUAGAAUAUACAAGUAGUUUUCAGAAUUGGUAAGCUUAUACUACUAGGAAAAGGAAAACAUAGGUGUUCUAUAGUUGUUGAGAAUAGUGUUCGGUAUUUCAGAUAGUCCAAAGGUUUGAUUUUUGUUCAGUUAUUAUCUUAACUGAUUUUUUGUUUAGUUUAAUCAAUUAGAGAAGCAUAUAAAAUCUCUGUGAUUGUGGAUUUUUCUCGUAACUGUUUCAGUUUUUGCUUCAUGUAUAUUGAAGACCUACUUUGUCAGGUACAUAUCCAUUUAUGAUUUUUAUGUCUUUCUCAUGAAUUGACCCCUUGACUAUAAAAUGACCUCUUUUUCUUUUGUGGCACUCCCUGUUUUGAAGUUUAUUUUCAAUAUAAUACUAUAGCUCUUUCGAUUAUUGUUUGAAUAAUAUAUUCUUUUCUCUUACUUUCCAAUUGCCUGUGUGUCAUAUAUAUCACAUAUUAGGAAUUGCUUUUUAAGUGUAAUCUGACAAGUUCUAUCUUUUACUUAUUUAUUUUUUAAAGAUUUUAUUUAUUUAUUUGAGAGAGAGAGCACAGGGAGGAGGAGGGGGAGGGACCGAGGGAUAGCAGACUCCCAGCUGAGCAGGGAGCCUAGACCAAGCUGGAUUGCAGGACCCCGGAGAUCACAACCUGAGCAGAAGUCAGAUGCUUAACCAAUAAGGCACCCAUGUGCCCCUAGUUCUCUCUUAAUUGGAGCUUUUAGUCCGUGCACAUUAAUGUAAUUAUUUGGUUGUAUUUGGUUUUACCAUUGUGCUAUUUAUUUUCUCUUUGUCUCUUCUAAUUUUCUCUUCCUCUUUUUCUGCUUUUAAAUUCAGUAUGUUAAUAUUGCAUUAAUUUUCUAUUGUUCAGGAAUUACAAUAUGCAUCCUUAACUUAAGACAGUCUACUUAGAGUUAAUAUUUUACCACUUCAUAUAGGAUGUCAGACCUUUGUAGCGAUAUAAUUGCAUUUACAUUCUCAUCCUUUUUGCCAUUGUCCUCUAUAAUUCAUCUAGGUAUGUUAAAAUCUUCCAGUGCGUUUUUAUUAAUUUUGCUACUGGGCCUCCAGUUUCUGCCUACUUUUGGUCAUUCUCCAAUGUUCUCAAAUAUGCUUUUUUUUUUAUAUAUACUUUAUAAUUACUUAUAAUUUAAAUUUAUAACCAAAAACUUGUUUCUGUAAUUUUUAUAUUGUUUGUAAAUUUUUAUAUCGUUUAUGCUUAUGAUAUGCAAGAUUUUUAGCCAAUAAAGUAUAGCUACACAGCCAUUA